CGUUGUAUACACGCACAGCAGAUCGCGCGAUCGUCGGGAGAAAAAUAUAUUAAAAGUGAUAAUAGUAAUAAUUAUAGAGUUUUGUUAUAAUACAAACAUAAUAUUAUUAUUAUAACACACGGUUGUUUCGCGCGAAUCGACUAGCGUCUAUUGUGUCUCCGUCGUUGUGUCCGUUCGGUUUUGUAUUAUUGAUAUAUUUCGCUCUGCAAUUAAUCUACUCACUACGGUGUUCGACGUCCGAUAUCAAAUUUUGCCGUCGUUCGCUAUCGAUAUACAUAAAUAUUUUUCACGCAACCGCAUCGCACUUCGCUUAUAAUCGGCUGUCUGCACAAUACAUACCCUAUACGCGUCUCGUCGUGCCAUGCCGUCGUGUCGUUGAGUCGAGUGAAUGCACAGCAGUGAUGUUGAUCGGCAGCGGUACAGCAGGCAGCUUCGGGAGUUUCAACGUGGACCAUCCGGGCGUGCCCAGCAUCAUCAGCGGUCUACAAGGGUCGCCUCACCACGCGAGCACCGCCAGCCAGCCCCAACAGCAUUCGCCGGGCUCGUCAUCGGGCGGCGGCGGCAGCGGCAGUGCCGGAGGAGGUAGCGCCAUGACGCCACUGUUGCCGUCGUUCGGGUUCACCCAAGAACAGGUGGCCUGCGUGUGCGAAGUGCUCCAGCAAUCCGGAAACAUCGAGCGGCUGGGCAGGUUCCUGUGGUCGCUGCCCAGUUGCGACAAGCUUCACAAGCACGAGAGCGUACUCAAGGCAAAGGCCAUCGUGGCGUUUCACCGGGGUAACUUCAAAGAGCUGUACCGUCUGCUGGAGAGCAACCAGUUCUCCGCACACAACCAUCCCAAGCUGCAGGCGCUCUGGCUCAAGGCGCACUACGUGGAAGUCGAAAAGCUCAGGGGUCGUCCGCUGGGUGCUGUCGGAAAGUACCGGGUCCGCCGCAAGUUUCCGUUGCCUCGGACCAUAUGGGACGGCGAGGAGACCAGCUACUGUUUUAAGGAAAAGUCCCGGAUGGUGUUACGCGAAUGGUACGCCAGUAAUCCGUAUCCGAGUCCCAGGGAGAAAAGGGAAUUGGCCGAGGCCACUGGAUUGACUACGACCCAGGUGUCCAACUGGUUCAAAAACCGCAGGCAAAGAGAUCGGGCAGCCGAACAGAAAGAUGGCAUGUCCGGCAGCCGGAGUCCAACGGGAAUGGGUGACGGAUGCGAUAAGAUGGUCGGUGGCCCGCCGUCCAACUUAGACUCCAGUUCGUCCGAAUCUAUCGACGGCGACAACAUGAAGUCGCACAUACAUAUGCUGCACAAACCCAGCGCGAUAUCGUUCGGGCACUCGAUGAUCACAAGCCAGGACCAUUUGUCCAGCCACGAGAUGAUGUUCGGAGGCGGAGGCGACCUCAAGUCGUCGAUGUCCGGCGUCGGGGGCGUCGGAGCGGGCGGCAUGUCCAUGAUGGCCAACUCGGCGGCCGCGGCCGCGGCGUACCACCACCAGACACAGCUGAUCGGCGGCGGCGUAGGAGGCGGCGGCGGCGGCGGCGGCGGCGGCAUCGUCGGCGGAUUCGGGUCGCCCAUCGGAAGUCGCCCGCUGAUCGGCACCGGCGUCGGCGGCGUCGGCAACGGCGACCACCACAGCCACUUGCAGCAGAUCGUCGCCGGCCACCCCGCCGAUCCUUCGCUACUGCACGACUACCAUUCCUUAUGACAGUGGGUGUCUGGCUACAACGGUGGCCAGCAAUGAUGUCGUAUAAAUAUUAUACGUUAUAUCAUUGUACAUACGCGACGGAGACGCAUCACCCGCACCCGCACGCCGCUCCCACCCACACGGCACCCAUCACACGCGCGUCGCUCUACAAUACAAUAUAUAUAUAUGAACGCACACCACCCGGCGGUGCGUACACAACACACAGUUGGCCGCGCGAAACCCAUCCGCGCGGGGCUAAGAGAUCCAAUCGGAUUCGCACGGUGGCGAGCGAGUUCGCACUUUUCGUUUGCACAUCAUAAUAAUUAAUUAUUUAUAAUACAACACAUACGACGACGACGACGACGACGACGAGAAAAAAGAAAAUACCCGAUGACUGCCCACGGUCGUGCUGCUGCGCGUGCGUUCGUGUGUCGUCGGCAUCCAAAACGUCUUCGCGGCACAAAAGACGCACUUAAAUAAUAUUUACGAUAGACAUUAGACAUUAUACACGUGUUAUAUAUAUAUAUAUAUAUAUAUAAAUAUGUACAAUAUUAAAAUAAUAUUAUUUGUAUGGCGCGAGUGCAGUAAAUUAUAUAAUAUAUAAUACGACUACCGCACGACUGCGGUACAAUAUAUAUAUAUAAGGGUGUGUGUGUGUGUGUCUGAGGGGGGUGGUUUGGGUUAUCGCCCCGCGACUGCAGUGCACAAAACUAUGUUAUAAUCUUACGCAAUAAUAAAACGUUAUAAUAAUCGAUAUAAAGCAUUCGUGAUGUGGUCCACCCCGAAAAACCGACUUUCUGCCGAAAUUGUUUUUCAAAUUUUAUCGACUCUCGCCGAAAACAAUAAUACAAUAUUGAUAUAUGCGAUACGUUACCGUAUUCACACCCGCCGCGAACAUCAACCGCGCUAAUCGUGUCAAUUGAUCGUUCUCCGCGUGGUAGUGAGUAGGUAACGGACGAUGGUCCCUAUACUCAUUGAACUCGUAGAUUUAUUACAGUGAGUACACUACAUCUUAUGCCGGUUCGCACGAAAAUCUAAUAAACCAAUCGUGGGCCAUUAAAUCGUGUUUGAGGGACUAAUAUAUUAGUUCACCGGUGAUUCAAUAAAUUGUUCAGUGAUCGUUCACAUUCAACCCAACCCAUUAAGUCAGUCGGUUUUCCUCGCAACUCGGCGUUGUCAAUAAAAUGUGCACCUAUAUCGGUCUUCAUUGUGUGUGUACAAAUACUAUCUGUCCGCUCCCGAAAGUCCGCUCUUGUCCCGCCGAUCGGAGGUGUACCUACUGCGCCGAGCAAAUAUAUUAUUUAUUCAAUUAAUACGCGACCCAUUUACGCUUUGUUUUGUAAAUAUUAUUAUCAGCAUGUAUUUGCUAUAUGUUCUUAACUAUCAAAUUCAGGGCGAAAUAGAAAUACCCGACAGAUGUCAGUAUUAACUAACGAUGCAAUAAUCUUUAUUCUGAUAUAUAUUUUAAAUUUAAUUACCAUGAUUAAUGCUAAUCAUAUAUAUUUAUAUACAAAACCGUUUAUAUUAAUAUUAAUAAAAAGUUGUUUCGCAGUUAAUUAAAAUUCAAUUUGUCGGUCAUUUCUGUUACGCCUUGUAGUACAUAAUACAUACCUAUAUUAUUCAUAUAGUCACUAUUCGUUGUUAAUAUAGUAAUUUAAUUGUACGAUUAUAGUCCUCACAUUAUCUUGUUCGGCUUACAACAUGUGUAUAACCUAUGUACGCAUAAAAAGUAAUUACAUUUUUAUGCCUAUCGAAAAAACUUAGAGUCAAUUUUCCAAUACGUAUUGUAUAUUUUCUAGUUUUAUACAUCAUUUUUCGAAAGUUAGGUAUGUAAACCUAUAUUCAAGCUUUAUAGGUUAUUAUGUUCCGCAGAUAUUUUUGAUCGUGUAUUUCUAACAAACCCUAUUAUAAUUCACGAAUAGAUUGCAUCUUAGUGUUUAUAUCAUACUAUAUUCCUCGGACAUAAACUUCUAGUUAUUUUCAUCUAAUAUUUUAAUUCUAAUAAAAUAAGAACAGAUACUAAAUUGUUAAUUCUGAACGCAAAUUUUUGUAACAAACCGUAUUAAUUAGAUAUUUUUUUUAAUUAUCAUAAUGUGCACAUUAAACUUUAAAAAAUAUGAUAAGGAAUUAAAAUUGUUCAAACGGUUUUCUAUAUUUUGAGGGGACGACAAGAGAAAUACGGCUUUAUACAGAUCAUUGUUUAUGUACAUAUUGUGUAUAAUAAUUAUUUGUUUACCAAACCAUUUUUUUUUUCGUUUUGAGUUUCCGAAACCAAUUUUAGAGAUCAAGACACCAAGAACAGAAAGUUAUUAAAUCAAACGGUAUUUAUUCGUCGCGUUUAAAAACAAAAAGCAUACGCUGUGAUGUAAACUAUAAUCCGCCACAGCAGUCGUUCAUCGGGAUUUGCCAAAAAUUACCAAAGCAAAUCGGGUGUAUUAAAAUAAUAAUACAAAUAAAAAACCGUCUUUUCGACUUUUCGUGUACGGUGUCAUCGACGUGACCGUUCCGUCUAGACUAGAUCUAGCGCGGCAAACUGGUUAUUCCGUACUGUAAUUUUGUCAAUGAGAUUUAAAACUAUUCGAAAAUGGCAUCAAAAAAACCAGUACCGGAACGUUACAAGCGAAAGAUUUAAUAACACAUAAAUAAAUGGCAUAUUUUCACCGUCGUUUAGUAUUGUUCUGCGCAACUGUCAUAAUUUGUGUUUCUGCGUUUCAUUUUUUUUUCCGUCCAUUCGGCGCAAAAUCCUUGGUGACAAUUAGCGCGCAGGAUAUUCGGUGUCAUACAUUACGGCAAACAUGUUUACAGAAACACAACCUCCCAAGGACAUCCACACGUUUUCUUUAACAAUGUACUGAAUAAUAUUAAUACAUAUAUUAUCGGUGUGUAGUAGGUACACCGUAUUAAAAUUAAUAAUUUUUAAUCACUUAUCGACUUGUCACUCUCCUCGGUAUACCUCCGUGAUUAUAUUAUUUUUUUAUCUCAACUAAAACGAAUUUAUUUUAUUAAAUACGUUAGCACCUCUUUUUAUUUCUGACGUCUUGAGCAAAAUACAAGGGUUUUAUUUUAAUGUGCUUAGUGGUUCUAGCAUUAUAAAGAAAAAUAUAAGUAAAACCGACAACCUGUCAAUUCGUCGAAUUCCGUUAUUAAAUUAUUUCAACUACUAUAAUACUAUAUUAUUGUAACACUAUUAUAAUCACUCAACGUUCAAUUUUUUACGACUUGCGGACUGUGAACCUAAAACAGGAAACGGGGUUUUUCAUCGCUGUAAACUAAAAUAAUCUAAAAUUAUUAUUUGAAAAAAUUACAUUGUUAUACAGUAGUCAAAUUAACUAAAAUAAUUAACUAUAUUAUACGACUGUGUGACGCACAUAACAUGCAAUUAAGGGAGGCGUGGUUCUCUUUUUUCUCGUUGUUCGUUCGCCGUAAACGAAAUAAAUAUUCUUAAUAAACUAUAAUAUUUAUCACAUACUCGUAAUAGUUUCUGCGGUUGUAUUUAUUAAAGCUUUAUUGUACGGAUCAAAAGUCACGAGAGACGAAUCGAUAAAUCCCGAGAAAUAUAAACUAAGUGACGCACAAUAACCUUUUCAGAUACUUACCGACAAUUAUUAUUGUACUGCUCGUUUGGUCGUAAAUUAUAAAGUAUCAAUUUCAGUACAAAUCUAUUACUGCGAUAAAUUAAUUUAAAGCUUAUAAAGUCAAUAAUUAAAUACAGCAAUACAAUAAAUAAUAAUAAUAUUCAGUCAAACCUAACCAUCUCCACGAUGUCCCAAGCGAGAGUGCAACACAAUGUAAUUACGCCCUCGUUUGGUCACCACGCGUCCGGAAAUUUUACAUAUUAUUCACCGUGGUAGGUUUUGCGCCAUAUGCUCACGAAUAAGGCUAUAAUGUAUUAUUCGAUCUACCCGAAACGCAACUGUAGACUUAACACCAAUAUGACAUAUAUAUGUAUAAACACAAAUAUGUGGCUAAUACAAACUCGUGGUGUAGGUAUACCUACAGCGACGAUCAGCGCCGAUCCGAGUGACGUAGGUAUAAUAUUAUAGAUAAUCCACGGCGUGACAUUUGAAAACAUAUAUUUACUACAGUUCUACAGUUCCUAUAUAUAUAUAUAUAUAUACAUAUACAUUAUUAUAU